UUCAAAUUCCAUCCCAACCAACACCGUCAUAAAAAAUCAUAUAAACCUCACCCACGCGUUUCCACCUGUAGUCCAAAUAAAAAAUAGUACACAUUCUAAAGCAAAUUUUCUUUUCGUCCAGUUUGAAAAAAGGAAACCAUAUAGCUCGACACUUAGUUCUCAACCUUAACAGAGUUUACUUUUUCAUUCGAUCGAUGGCCAGCUAACCUGCAGACUCAACAAGCGCUGAACCCCUAAAUCUCGCUUAGCAGGUUAGUACUUUCCCCGUCUUUGCUUAGAGCUAACUCUAACUAUUAGUCGAGAAUUAAACCAUAUUCUUUUUCUUCGAUUGAGUAUAAGUACUCUUGGGGUUUUCUGUUUGUAGAGAGUUGUUCCUUCCCAGAUCAUCUCACUUAAACGGGACACCCCUUCAUUAUCAAAUCUUAAAUUCCAAACUAUAUUCAGGUUAUUGGAAUAUAAAAAUUUCUGGGUAAUACAUACUUCCAUCGUUCAAUCCUCAAUCGACUUUAUCGAAAACCCAGCGUAUUAACCCUCACAUCGCAUCACUCGACAUUCAGUACACCAAUAUCAUCGGCUACAGCUCUUUUGUUUUUACAUACCGGACCAGAACAUAACGUGCGAAUAUACCGUAUCAAUUUAUUGCACUACCGACAAAUAGUUCUUCACUUGAAUAUGGAGCCAUGAGCUCCAUCUGCGAGAAGGAUCAGAAUUUAUCAGAUAAUACCGACAACCACACUAACGAUGACGUGUCACCAUUGACAAAGAUGGAAACUCUAUUAGUUUCGGAAAACCCGACCUCGCCAAAUGUCCAACCAUCACAAGAAAUCAGCAAGAACGAGGAAGUUGAUUUGCAGUUGACCGAUUUAUGCGCCAUUUGCACCGAGCGCAUGGAUGCGUCGGAAGAAUUCACGAAGAUGGAACCCUGCUGCCAGAAUCUCUUCCAUAAUGAAUGUCUUCGAAAAUGGAUAAAUUCCACCAUAGAGAUGGAACAACUAGAAACUUGCCCCUUGUGUCGCCACGUACUUUCAGAUUUAUUUAUUGAUCUGGUGUUCGAUGGUGACGAGGAAGAAAGCGUGCCGGAGCCACGUCGAUGUUGCGAACGUGAUGAUAUGGAGAUGAUCAUCGCGGCAAAGUAUUUCGAGAACUUACCCGCAGAGCAAAGGAAGGCCCUUUAUGAUCUCUUUGAAAAAAUAGAAGAGGAGUUUUUCGGCAUUUCGCUGUGGUCGGAAGGAGAAAGGAAUCGUCUUCGCGUUAUUUUCUUUCUGUGUAAAAAUGACCCCUUGGGCAACGUCAUACAAAUGCCAGGAGAUUCAAUUGAAAUAGCUCACUGGCGACGGUUGAUGGCACUUUUGAACCGAGCGUUAUUACAAAUGCGGAAUGAAGAGCAGGAGUCCGUUCUGUGCUCGACCAUUUUUCUUCGUCCCCGCCCCUACAACUUUGAUUUUUUCCACCCUGAUGUUUCCGGGGUAGGCGCCGGCUUUAUUAUCGACUCCGACUACGACCCCGACAAUCCAAGGUGGGGUGUGUUUCCUAAUGAACACGUCCACCAGUCUUGACUCCCAACUCCAUGAGUUUCUUGUGAAUUGUUAACCUUGUUCCCGAGUUUCCUUUCUUUUCCGUUUCAGCGACAUCAAUUUUAUUCGUGGGUUCCAAAAUGUACUUCUUACUAGCUGCAUUUGGAUAUGUCGACGGCUCAGGAGAUUUACCGGACCUGGAGUAGGAGUAUGUGCGUUUGGUUUAGAGCGAGAGCGUGGAGCGCAUGUAUUAGAUGUGAGAAAACAGAUAAUCAAGAUGCCUCUUUAUCUUUAUCAAUUCUGGUCUGGAAAAUGUGGACGUGCAAUCAUUACCGUCAGUGUGAUGUCUUUGCUUAAAGAAAAAUAGGGUAGCUUUGUCCUUGUGGUGAUGAGAUCUGAAUGUUGCAUUACAUGUGAUGGAGCAGGCAUUGAUAAGGCAUCGCUGACCGUGGGAGUUGUCGAUAGAUAUUAAAUUGAAGUAGAGCUGCAAGACAUGAAGUGAUGCUUUAUGUUGCAAAAGGACCUGUCAUGUCUUCUCAGAAGAAGAGUUUUCUGAAUCACUGCCGAGAUUGUGAGUAUAUC